AUGGCUGCCAAUCCGGAGAUCAACCUUCCAGAACCCUCUGAGCUUGGAGUAUCAGAUUCGCGAAGCCAAGCGGGAAUAAGCAUAUUGCCGGACAUGCACAGGACUUCGGCACAGGAACCCAGGAGUCACGAUUCCACUACCGAACCAGACAUUGACCCAGACAAGGAAUUUUACUAUGGGAAAAACAGCGCCAGUAGCGAGUUCGCACCACAGGAAAACGUACAGAAUUCAGAGAUUGUUUGGCGAUAUCUCACAUUCGACACGGAACUUCCACACCCGACGACUAUCCAUCCGACGCAAACCGAUCAGGAAGCUCCACCUGAACCUCCAAACCUUAUCAAGUAUACGAACCCUUUCGAUUGGUCGGAGACAAGAAAAAGAUUCACAAUAUGCAUCUCAUGUUUUAUCACCGCGCUCACUGCGUUUUCGGCUGGAGCUUACAGCCCGGGCAUUGGGCAAAUGACGCAGGAAUGGGGUGUGAGCAGUGUUGCUGCGCUGGUCGGCAUCACGACCUUUACGACUGGGUUCGCGAUCGCGCCCAUGGUGCUAGCCCCGUUCUCUGAGAUCAACGGCCGACGACCAGUUUUCCUCGCUUCCGGUAUCCUAUUCGUAAUCUGUCAGCUCUGCUCUGGCCUCACGCAAUCGUAUGCUGGCAUGCUCGUCGCGCGGUUCUUUCUGGGCGUAGGUGGAUCUACAUUUUCGACUAUGGUCGGUGGCGUGGUAUCUGACAUAUACCAUGCUGAGGAUCGCAAUACACCAAUGGCUCUCUUCUCAGGCGCCGCGUUGUUCGGUACUUCCUGGGGACCGUUGGCCUGUGGCUUCAUCGCGCAGAACACGUCUUGGAGGUGGAUAUUCUACGUACAGGCUAUUGCAUGCGGGGCGGUGGUCGUGCUGAUGUGUGCCGUAUUCAAGGAAACCCGUGGCUCAGUUCUUCUGUCUAAAAAAGCUAGGGCCCUGAACAAGUGGUACGAGGCCCGCGAGGCGUCUGGAUAUUAUGGCUUCAACGUCUACGAUACCGAAAAGCCUGGAUCGAUGGUAUCGCAACGUCUGAGAUGGAAAGUCCGAUCAGAUGAGGAGCGGGCUUCUCUUAGCAAGAUGAUAGGAGUCUCUCUUUACCGACCGUUCCAUCUUCUCUUCACAGAACCCGUUGUAUUCUGGUUUUCGCUCUGGGUAGCCUUCUCCUGGGCCGUGCUCUAUCUCACUCUGGCCGCCAUUCCAUUAGUAUUCCAGAGCAACCACGGCUUCUCACUACAACAAGCCAACGCAGUUUUCGCGUCGAUGGGAAUAGCUAGUAUCCUUUCGACUAUACUAUCGAUCUACCAAGAGAAAAUUGCGAAGAGAAACGGAAAAUUGACAGGCACACCCGAAGGCCGCCUCUACUUCGCUUGCAUAGAAAGCGCCUGCAUGCCCGUCGGCCUUUUCAUGUUCGGGUGGACAAGCUUCCCCGAGAUUCAUUGGGUUGUACCAGCAAUCGCAAUCGGAAUCGCUACUGUCGGAAUCUUCAGCAUCUAUCUAGCAACCUUCAAUUUCCUCGCAGAUACAUACCAUCGGUAUGCAAGCUCGGCACUGGCGGCGCAGUCUUUUUGCCGAAACAUGCUUGGUGGCAUAUUCCCACUCAUUACGACUCAAAUGUACAACAAGCUUGGGUACGGCCCUGCGAGUAGUCUGCUGGGAGGAAUCGGCGCAUUGUUGACCAUCGUGCCUUGGAUUCUGGUCUUCUAUGGUCCUAGGAUCAGAGCGCGAAGUAAAUUCGCAAGCGAGAUCAUGGACGUUACUAGUUGA